AAUAGCACCUUAGUUGCGGUUCAACUGGCGAGCGGACGUGUAGAAAAACGCGGAAAAAUCGCAAAAGUGACAAAUUGCGGAAGUGACAAAGUGAAAGUGUGAAUUUUUAUUUAAUUAAAAAUACUUAUAUUUUUUUUUUAAAAAAAAGUAAUUAAACGAGGCAUUAGUGUUACUUGACUUGAAACGCUGCACAAAACAUUGCGGAUUCUAUAAGCAAAAUACAAACGUUGCACAAUAACCGGAAGUAUCUGGUAGGCAAAUCGAAACCCGUUGCUACUCAAUUGCGAAUCAAGUGGAGAAACAUGAAUUGGUUAGCAUUGAUAAUUUCCAUUUCGGCGACAAUUGAUAUAGCGCUCGGCUGUAGUCGCGUACCGCCAGGCACAACAUCGCCCAAAUCCCCAGUCGACGAGAGUUUCAUGGUGUCAUUAGCCGGAAACCCGCAAUCAUAUAUACCGGGGCAGAAGUACAAUGUCUCGCUCACCGCCUACAAUGAUCUGUCAUUCAUCAGUUUCAUAUUGGCUUUGGAGAGCGCCGGUGAAGGUGAGGGUCAAGCGGACUUUGGUAGAGUGGGUUAUUUUGAGAUAACCGAUUUAGCUGAGACACGUUUCAGUCCGCGUUGCCCGAAUCUGGUGGAGAAUACCAAUACGAAUGUAAAAACACGUGUGGAAGUAACUUGGGUGGCGCCGGCAACUACCGGCAAUGGUUGCGUACUCAUCAAGGCCACUGUGACGCAGCAUCGGGAUGUCUGGUUUAUGGAUGAUGGGUUUCUAACGAAACGGAUUUGUGAGGAGGAGGUCGAUGAUGUGGACACACAACCGAGUAUAGUGGAUCCUUGCUGUGCAUGUGAUGAGGCGAAGUAUGAGCUCACUUUCGAAGGCAAGUGGUCACGUCACACGCAUCCUAAGGACUUCCCCGCAAAUAGUUGGCGUACCCGGUUUAGUGACAUCAUUGGCGCAUCGCACACCAUCGAUUAUAGAUUUUGGAGCUACGGUGAAAUGGCGAGUGAAGGUCUGCGCGAAGUAGCUGAGCAUGGUUCGACCAGGACGCUGGAGAGCGAAUUGAAGGAUCAGAGCGACCAGAUAAGGACUAUAAUUAAAGCACGUGGUAUCUCCUACCCCAAUGUGACAGGAAAAACCUUCGCAGUUUUUCGUGUGGACUCGAAACAUCAUCUAAUAUCACUGGUAUCCAUGAUAGAUCCAUCCCCGGACUGGAUUAUUGGCAUUUCUGGAUUAGAGCUUUGUCUACCAAACUGCUCUUGGGUUGAGAAUAAAGUGCACAAUCUCUAUCCAUGGGAUGCGGGCACAGAUAGUGGACCUUCUUAUAUGUCUGCUGACCAGCCACAAGUACCGCCUGAUGUGAUCAGACGCAUAAAAUCCAAUUUUCCAAAUGAUCCACGUUCACCAUUCUACGAUCCCACUGGUACACCAAUGAAACCGCUUGCCACACUGCAUAUAAAUCGGCGUAGAUUGUAUGAGAAGACUUGUGUAAAGCCCGAAGAGGAUGAGUCUGAGGAAUGCGCCACCUAUCCUUGGGGUCAUUGGAGCGAGUGUAACGCGAAAUGCGGACCAGGUACACAGCAACGUACGCGUGAGUAUAAACAACCCUCAGUGGCCAGACGUUCGAAAUGUCGCAGCGCUUUACGUGAGGAGCAACCCUGUAAUGGACGCAGAUGUGGCGGUACAAAUGAAGACAACGCGGAGGAAGGUGAGAAUCCAAGUGACGUACAAAUUGGUCCGCAUGAAAAUCCGGAAUGCGCGAUUUCGGACUGGAGCGAGUGGUCCUCAUGUUCGUCCACUUGUGGUGCGGGCGUCAUAGUACGUACGCGUCAUUAUCUCAAUCCGCGUGCAAAAAAGAAGUGUCAGAAAGUGAGUAGAGUGCGUCUACAGGAAACGCGUAAAUGUGAAGGUCCCGAAUGUGGUGGCGAUCUGGCGAAUGGUGGCGCUGAAGCAGAGGCUAACGGUGAAGGUGGUGAAGCUGCAGGAGAGGAAGCCAAUGCUGUGGAGAAUGAAUUGGGUGAAGGCACAAGUUCAUUUUAUGGCGACAACAACAAUGGUUUUCGCCAGUUCAAAAGUUAUAGUCAGAAGCGCGAGGACUAUAUACCGCCCGAAUGCGGCGUCUCACCUUGGUCUGACUUCUCGCCGUGUAUAGGUCCUUGCGGUAGCGCUGGUUAUCGUCAGAGGCAACGUAAAAUCUGGAACAACGAUGAGGUUUACGGCGUGGUGAAUCCCAAAUCGGAUGGUAGUAAUCCGUGUCGUCAUAUUAAACGUGAGGAAAUCGUUAAUUGUACGAAUCCCGCAUGCGAUACAAUCGUGCCACACUUUUGUUAUGCCAGUCUCAAGAUUAGUCCAUGCCGCGAUGGCGAUGUUACCAACUACUGGUACUACGAUUAUCCCACCGAUCAAUGCGCCAUCUAUUGGGCUGACAAAUGCGAUAAGAAUCAGAAUAAGUUUCCCUCGAAAGAGGAGUGUGAGGAAACCUGUCGACGACCGCGACAAAAAAUGGAUUUACAAAGUGAAAGUUUACGUUUAGAGCAACAGCCAGUCGAUUGUAUUGUUUCCGAAUGGGAUGCGCGUUCAUGUAAUGUGACCUGCGGCGAGGGUAUACUAAUAAAAACACGACGUGUGCUGCGUCGCGCUAAAUAUGGCGGCAAACCGUGUCCCAAGCAUUUAGUGCGUCUGGAGAAAUGUUAUCAGAGCUGCGAUGAAGUAUACACAAUCAGUGGUGGCAUUAAUUUCGGCAGCAACACUGCUGAUGCCAGCGACUUUGAUGCCAUCAAUCGUAAUCGUGGUAGUUAUGUGAGCGCACGACAGGUGCCUAAGAAAGACGAUUGUCGCUAUUCGGAGUGGUCGGUUUGGACGCCAUGCACCUCGAGUUGUGGCGACAAUUCAAUGCGUCAGAAGACGCGUACCUUGCUCAACACCGAACUCAGCUACAAAUGUAAGGAUCGUGUGCGUGUCGAGAAAUGUACCGUAAUGCCGUGUCUCUUGGAGAGUAACGAUCAGGAUAGUGAGUGGUGAAGAUGCGUGUUUAAGAGAAGAAAAAGGUUUGAAGAAAAAGAAAAUUCUUCCAAAUUAUUUGCCCGAGAGAGCUAUGAAAUUUUAUAUUUAAUCAACAUGCUUUUUACAGUGCUCAUGCGUAGCUAGUUUGUAUUAAUAAUAUAAUAUGUAGUUAUAUGAAUAUCUUACGAAAUACUCAAAUAUAUAGCAGAACCCAUA